AUGACGAAGCAGUUAACAUUUUAUAACGAACAAGAGGGAACAUUGAAAGGGAAUAUUUCAUAGGGCUUUCAUAGGGAAGAACUGACCUUUUUGUACUUUUUUAAUGAAAAUGUAUCAGAAAAUAUGCAUUGGAUACGUGUAUUUUCUGCGAAGAAAUGGAAGUACUCUUUCAAAAAUGAAAUGAACUUUCUAAUCGGACGAGACACCGAGACACCGAGAAAAGAACGAGACAUUUUGGAGGUGCGAGAAAGGGCGAGACAGCGAGACGACCGAGAAAGGGCGAGACGAGAAAGGGCGAGACGGCGAGACGACCGAGAAAGGGCGAGACGAGAAAGGGCGAGACGGCGAGACGACCGAGAAAGGGCGAGACGAGAAAGGGCGAGACGGCGAGACGACCGAGACACGGCGAGACGAGACAGGGCGAGACGGCGAGACGACCGAGAAAGGGCGAGACGAGAAAGGGCGAGACGGCGAGACGACCGAGAAAGGGCGAGACGAGAAAGGGCGAGACAGCGAGACGACCGAGAAAGGGCGAGACGAGAAAGGGCGAGACGGCGAGACGACCGAGAAAGGGCGAGACGAGAAAGGGCGAGACGGCGAGACGACCGAGAAAGGGCGAGACGAGAAAGGGCGAGACAGCGAGACGACCGAGAAAGGGCGAGACGAGAAAGGGCGAGACGGCGAGACGACCGAGAAAGGGCGAGACGAGAAAGGGCGAGACGGCGAGACGACCGAGAAAGGGCGAGACGAGAAAGGGCGAGACGGCGAGACGACCGAGAAAGGGCGAGACGAGAAAGGGCGAGACGGCGAGACGACCGAGAAAGGGCGAGACGAGAAAGGGCGAGACAGCGAGACGACCGAGAAAGGGCGAGACGAGAAAGGGCGAGACGGCGAGACGACCGAGAAAGGGCGAGACGAGAAAGGGCGAGACGGCGAGACGACCGAGAAAGGGCGAGACGAGAAAGGGCGAGACGGCGAGACGACCGAGAAAGGGCGAGACGAGAAAGGGCGAGACGGCGAGACGACCGAGAAAGGGCGAGACGAGAAAGGGCGAGACGGCGAGACGACCGAGAAAGGGCGAGACGAGAAAGGGCGAGACGGCGAGACGACCGAGAAAGGGCGAGACGAGAAAGGGCGAGACAGCGAGACGACCGAGAAAGGGCGAGACGAGAAAGGGCGAGACAGCGAGACGACCGAGAAAGGGCGAGACGAGAAAGGGCGAGACGGCGAGACGACCGAGAAAGGGCGAGACGAGAAAGGGCGAGACCGAGACAGAACCGAGACACGGCGAGACGAGAAAGGGCGAGACGGCGAGACGACCGAGAAAGGGCGAGACGGCGAGACGACCGAGAAAGGGCGAGACGAGAAAGGGCGAGACCGAGACAGAACCGAGACACGGCGAGACGAGAAAGGGCGAGACGGCGAGACGACCGAGACACGGCGAGACGAGACUGGACGAGACCGAGACAGAACCGAGAAAGGGCGAGACCGAGAUGAUAAUGGAACGAGACGAGACCGAGACGAGAAAAAACCGAGACGACACAAGGGCGAGACACCGAGAUUUUUCAAAAAUUUCUCGCCGAGACGACACACUAGUAAGUACCCAUUGGGUAUAAUAUGGGACAAAUUGAAACAUUCUGAAUUUUUAGUGACCUGCAGUUUUUGAACUUCUCAGACAUUGCCUUUUAAUGAGAAAACCGUGAAACUCGAAAAAUUUGCCUACUUUUUGCACUUUUCGUCGCUCUCAUGGAUGCUGUUUAGAAACUGGACCGUAACUCAGGAAUGAAGAGUUUUGGGAUCAAAUGAUCAACUACAAAGUUGUUAAGCACAAAAAAUACUGCAACUUUUCAGUUGACCACUUUUUGGAAUAAUCAUUGAAUCUCUAGAUAUGACUGUCCAAACACGCGUUGAAAAGUACCAGAUCAGGCCCUAAAUAUGAUUUUUGAGAAAAAUGAUGUACUGCAACCAGAUGUAACUUUAGCGUUCCUAAACCAAAAGAGCGCCAAUGCCGUUUUUUUUCCAGAAUCGGAGAAGGACAAUCUCUAUUCAUUUCGCCGGCGAACAAGUCGCAAGUCUUGAUCUCGACCGUCACCAAUUCGAGCAGUUUCUUCGUUUCCUGGCAGUACGUCGACGUCACCCAAUUCACAAGAGUUCUCCAAUCGACUGGAUCCGUCAUGAGCUUGGCAUUGGCCUCAAACAGUUACUACACGUUCAAAAGUACGAACGAUCAAGUGGUUUUGCAUCCGGCGAACGUCAAACGAAACUUUGAUUUGGUGCUGUCGCAAAUUUACGUGUACGACGGAGAGGAUCUGAAAACGGGCAAGUUCCUCGGCAACUUCAUCACGGCCAUGAGCGAGACGCCGUACCUGAGCUCAUCGGGAAAGUCUCUGACUAUUGUCAACUUCUACGGAACCGCCUCCAACUCGUACGUGCUCGCCAACGAUUUGUCGACAGUGUCCGGCUACGCAUCCUACGGAUUCUACCUGCUGACGACUGCGAACGUGGACUGGUUCGAGCACCACGUGGAUGCUUCCGCCGCGAAGACCCUGGCGUUCACCUAUUUUUGUGUGGAUUGCAAUGAGAAUUACGUCGCCAAUUUGGGCUUUGUGAAUCGACAAAUCGACGGACAGACUGUGCAAUUUCAGCCGUUGACGCCCACGCACAAGAUGACAAAGAUGCUGAGUUACGAGUGAGUUUUGUUUGUGAGUGUUAGAACCUUGUCCCUAAUUCAAUCAUGGUGCAUCCAUUUCUUUCAGUGCUCAAGACCAAGUGUGGCUCAGCCUGCCCCAACAAGUCCCUUCGAACCUGUUCACAAUGACAGUAUCAAACGUGGAAGUGACCGUCGAACUAGCGUCCGGACCGCUUGCCACGUGGAAUUUCCCGUACGCCGGAAGACGUGGAUGGAUGUUCUCGCCGAGCGUCUGGGAUCCAUCCGUUGCCGCCGCCUACACGACGAACAUUAGUAGGCUUGUACGAAAACCGGAUUCCUGAAGACUCAUAGUUCAGGUUCCGCCGCCACGUACACCUUCAACUUCAACCUCCAAUCCAUUCGGAUAACCGACGCCGGAAAGAAGAUUCGGAUUGAAGUGGGCGCUCCGAAUGCGAAUCCGGCGGCUGUGGAAUUUGGGCAAAGUGCGGAAAAUGUCGGGGCGCGGGCGGCCAACGGCACUUACAUGGCCACCACUUUCGAUGAGAUUUCACCGGAUUCCAACUUUGUUCUCUCGUUUCAGAUUGAUGUGAGUGAAAACGCUUCAAUGCCGUACAAUACUGCAAUGUAUCUCAGUUGCCCGUAGAGAUAUCAAAAAGUGGUCAACUGAGAAAAUGUACAAAAUAUUCGAAUGAGUAACUCGUUAGUUGACAACUUUUUGAUAUCUCCACCGACAGCUGAGAUAUACUCUUUUCAAUAUACGAUACUGGGGUACGCUUCUAUUACAGUAUAUUUUCAGAGUCCUGUACCGAUUUCCACAACUUUGCCGACUACGACGACACCAAACAGUAUCCAGACAACUACAAAAGCUUCAUGCGGCAUUUCUAGGCUACUUUUGCCAAUUUUCGUUAUUCUCAUUUGUUUCAUGAACUAA